GUGAGGCGCUUGGUUCGCGAGGCGGCGUUUACGGGGCACGAGCAAGAGUGCGACGCGUUCACGUUUACGUGGCGAACGGACAUGGAGGGGAGGCCGUACGUCGGCAAUGGCGCCGACGCCAACCCCUUCCUGGUGGGCAUUACUUCAAAGGCGCUGCUGCGGCAGGCCGACCGGGACUCGUCCUCGUUUGUGCUGCACAUCGACGCCACGUCUAAGCUCAACCAUGUA